GCCGCCAUUUUGUUUGUGCGGAGAGACGGAGAGAGGCAGGAGAGACCGAGAGAGAGAGAGACUUCUGCGCCGAUCACAACGACUCCGAAAGCCGCCGGGCACAAAAGAGUGGCGGUGUCACCUCGGAACAAAAAACAAGAGAGAUCAGAGAGAAGGAGAAAGAGGAAAGGAGAAAGGAAAUUCUCGUUUGAAAAUCCAAGGAAGGGGGUGUUUUUUACGGAGCCGAGAGGAGAGGCGGAAGAAGGCGAUAUAUUUAAACGAAGGAAAACCUGCGAGGCAGCAGAGAAAUUAUAAUCAUAAAAAUAAUAAUAGACCAGUCGUCGCGGGAGGAAAACUCCCAAGACAAAAAAAAUGAAAACGUGAACUAUCCGUUAGCUAAAGAUCAGAGAAAGGGGGAAAUUACAGAAAAGGAAGAAUUAACUGAAGAAAGAAAAUAAAAAGGAUAAACGCGAAGGGGGGAUACACCAUCACAAAGACUCAAUGAAAGGAUUGAGGAGCCAAAAAUAUUUUGGGAGGUGUAUAUUUUUUGGACCCGAAGCUUCCCACUUCAAAAAUAACCCAUAAUAUUGUAGCGACCCCCCUCGCUUUAUCCGAUUUUUGCUCAUCGCCGUAUUCUCUUGUUCUUGGUUGGGAUUUUUUUCUUUACUAGCCUAGCUAGCUAGCUCGUUAUACGCAGUGUCAGAAUAUUUCUUGCUACAUUUGCUAAUCAAUUCACACGCGCGAAUCACCGGUGAAUUUGCAUUUAGCAAGUUGCUAAUAUUGCUCGUUCUAAAUAAAAUAGCUCUACUUCGUGUAAACAGGAGCAAACCCUCACCAUAGGAAGCGUCCACUGCAAAAUAAAACUAAACACUAAUUGGAUCAAUCUGAUACCAAUUAGUUGGCUAUUGUAAUAAUUUGAUACCUAGCUACAUCUUUUAUGUAAGAAUCGAAUAAUCAGGUUUUAGUUAACUUGCUGGCAGCAUAUAAUAAUUGGAGCGGUUCAUACAGCGAGCUACGGUUUGGGAUUUUUGCAAAGAUUUUUGAACCCCGUUUUUUGCAUUCAGCACAUACAUACAGAGGGCGCAAGAUCCAAAUUUGAUGAAAAUAUAAAUGCAUAAACAAGUGUUUUGCUAUUUUAAAAACCCCUAAUAUUUACGACUGUACGAAAAGGACAGUAAUCAUCUCGUUACUUAAGCAAGGGGAUGUAUUGAAUAUGCAAGUCAUUUAUUUUCGAAAAGGUGUAAGCUCUGAGCAUCAUGGUAAUACCGUUGCACACAGACACUGAACAUGCAUGAGAAUUUCAUUCAGUUGUCUUUCAGUGUUGUGGCUUAAUAUUUCAACAGUAUUGCACGUGUCUGUUAUUUAUUCCACUAAAAGGCAAUGCAGCUUUUCUUGUCAAGUAUUUUAUGGUAAAAGUGGAAACGGGUGCUUCUUCCAUAUGCAUUUUCAAUAACUAGCUAUCAUUUUUAAUCGACUGCGCCUACAUUUGACGGUAGCUACCUACUAAUUGACGUUUCAGAAUUUUCACUAACCUCGGAGCUACCAAGCUGUGUUUCUUCAUUAUUUAAGAAAACGCGAUAAUAUUUUUUCUGUGGUGCUUCUGAUUUAUGAGUGUGGGCUACCUACAUAACACAGACGAGCAGUUUCAGAUAUUAGCCAGCCAUCAUAUGUUUGGAAUUGGACUGGAAAAGCGUUCAGCCGCUCUGUUUAUAUUGAAGAGGCUCGCUAGCUAGUUAGGAGAGCUUGCUUGUUGGGUAGUUAACUUAUCAACGCGUGCUCGCCAAGAUUGGUCAUUGAGCUAAGUAAAAUUCACAGGAUUUCUUUGCACCGGAAAAAUGCAGUGAUACAGACCGCCGACAAGCUACCCCCCUGUUCAUUUGAGGAUUCAUUUUUUUUCUUCACGUUCAGCUCACGUUAGCUAGCUACAAUGGUAACGGGAUCAAAUUGUAUUGACCGCAAUGGGAGCCCCGUCCAAAUCGAAGGUUUAUUCGUUCUGGGAUUUCUGCUAAACAUUGCAUGAGGCAAACCCUUCAAAGUAGCCGCAGGGGGUGCGUUUGGGUUGCUUUUUUUUAUCGCGUUUCCCAUCGCGUUUCCCUCGCAGCCACUGCUGCUCCCCGGCUCGGCUUCCUCGAAUUAAAACGCUCGAUUUCGCCGCCCGACGAUGGCGGAAAAGACGGAUGCGGUCAUGGAGGACAGGUCUUGGGACGAUUUCUCCGUCGCCGAAGAAGCUACAUGAGUUGAAAGGCCUGUUCGGUUGUGUCUCUCCUCUUUUACCGACUCCACCUUCCCCUCCUCCUACUCCGUUUGCAGAAAUCUAUAAAGGAACAAAAAAUCCGACAGGGGAGGGGGGUUGAUACGCCGUAAGCUGAAAUCGAGAGGCGAACCUAGGGAAAGAAGAGUAUUUUUAUACGACACUUUCCACCCCCCGUCGUCAAGAAAAAGGAGAGGGGGAAAAGACAGACUUUCAAAAUAAGGGAAAAUAUCAGAAAACGACGAGAGGACGCGGAUAAGGGAACAUCUCUCUCGUUUGUGGAUAUAUAUUUUUAAUUCCUGAAAAAUAUGGCCGAUAAUGUUCUGGACUCCGGCCCGCCUUCAGCCAAGAGGCCUAAACUAUCCUCUCCGGCACUUUCUGUCUCUGCCAGCGAUGGAAACGAUUUCGGUUCCCUGUUUGACCUGGAGCACGACCUCCCCGACGAGCUCAUCAACUCCACAGAGCUGGGCCUGCCCAAUGGCGGCGACCUCAGCCAGCUGCACACGAGCCUGGGAGGAGGGGGCGUGGCCAGCGGCGGCCAGGACGCAGCCGCCAAGCACAAGCAGCUCUCGGAGCUCCUGCGGUCGGGUGGCCCGCCAGCCUCGGCCCAGCAGGGCGCGGGCGGCAGCCCCGGCGGGGGCUCCAUGGGGCUCCUGGGCAGCAUGAACGCCUCCCCCGGACCCCCGGGCCUGGGGCAGCAGCAGCAGCAGCAGCACCCCUCGCCCCAGCAGGCGGGUAUGAUGCAGCAGGCCGGCAUGGUGGGCGUGGGCGGCCUGAACAGGGGCAUGAUGGGAGCCCAGAAGGGGAACGGACAGCAGCAGGCGCCCACGCCCCAAGGCCUGAUGGGGGGUCAGGUGAUGAACGGCUCUCCGAGGAUGAGCUACUCGAACCCUGGGAUGGGGAGCAACAGUAACCUGCUGGCAGAGACACUGCAGCAGCAGCAGCAACAGCAGCAGCAGCCAGGAGGCCAGCAGCUGGGAGCUGCAGGACAGACUGCACUGAGAGCACAGCAGCCUGGAGCACUGAACAAGAUGGGAAUGAUGGGUAACCCGGGUCCCUAUGGUGGCCCCUACGGUCAGUCCACAGGCCAGGGUAUGGGCGGGGCCGGGCUGGGCCCGCAGCUCCAGAACAAGCAGGGACUGCCCAACAGCAUGGCCCAGUUCAACCUGGACAAGAAGACGCCGCCUGUACAGGGGAUGGCUGGCAUGGCCUCCCAGCAACCCCCCGCAGUAGUUCCUGGAGCGACAGGAGCCGGCGGUGCCGGGGGGAUGCUGCCCUCCGCCCCCAGCGCCCAGGGCGGCCUCGGAUCGGUUUCGGCAGCCUCGGCCGUGGCACCCCCAACCGCCGACCCGGAGAAGCGCAAGCUGAUCCAGCAGCAGCUGGUCCUCCUGCUCCACGCCCACAAGUGCCAGCGGCGGGAGCAGGCCAACGGGGAGGUGCGGCAGUGCAACCUGCCCCACUGCCGCACCAUGAAGAACGUCCUCAACCACAUGACCCACUGCCAGGCUGGCAAGUCCUGCCAGGUGGCGCACUGUGCCUCGUCCCGACAGAUCAUCUCUCACUGGAAGAACUGCACGCGACACGACUGUCCCGUCUGCCUGCCGCUCAAGAACGCCGGGGACAAGAGGAACCAGCAGUGUGAGUCUCUCUUGGGCAGUGCAGCAGUUGGCCUGGGCAGUUCUCUCGGGGCUGUUCCAGGAGGCCAGCCCAGCGCCUCCAACCUCAACCCGCCCAGCCAGAUUGACCCCAGCUCCAUCGAGCGGGCCUACGCUGCCCUGGGCCUCACUUACCAGGGCAACCAGAUGGCGCCACAGCCUGCCCAGACCUCACUGCCCAACCAGGGGCUGCAGGGCCAGCCUGGCAUGAGGUCGCUCAACGCCAUUGCAGGAGGGAACCCCAUGGGUGUGAAUGGAGGAGUCGGGGUUCAGCCCCCAAACCAGCAGUCGAACCUCCUGCCGGACACCAUGCUGCACACCAACAUCAACUCGCAGAACCUGAUGAAUGACAGCAGUGGGGUGGGCAACAUGGGCUCCAUGCCCACGGCCACCCCACCCUCCAGCACGGGCAUGAGGAAGAGCUGGCACGAGGACAUCACCCAGGACCUGCGCAACCACCUGGUGCACAAACUAGUGCAGGCCAUCUUCCCCACGCCAGACCCCGCAGCCCUGAAGGACAGGCGCAUGGAGAACCUGGUGGCCUACGCCCGCAAGGUGGAGGGGGACAUGUACGAGUCGGCAAACAGCAGGGCGGAGUACUACCACCUCCUGGCGGAGAAGAUCUAUAAGAUCCAGAAGGAGCUGGAGGAGAAGCGGCGGAUGCGGCUGGAGAAGCAGGGAAUGAUGCCCACGCAGCCCAACCUGCCCCCCUCAGCCCUGGCACAGGGGCCUCCGGGCCUCGGGCAGCCCCCGCUGGCCCCCGGACAGCCCCCGAAUGGCCCUCACUCGGACCCGUCCCUCGUACGACCCACGGUGCCCAACCAGAUGGUGAACAGGAUGCAGAACCCUGCCGGGAUGAACCAGUUUGGUCAGAUGGGGAUGCAGGCCCCGGGUAUGAGGUCCUCCCUCCCUCUGCAGCUCGGCACACCCCUCAACCAGAUGGGCAUGGGGCCAGCCAGAAUGGGUCAGCCCAAUGUAGCUCCGCUGCAGAGCCAGUACCUGCCUCCUGGACAGUUCCCCGGAUCGGGCCCAGUGGGCAUGGCACAGCCCGGGACACAGGGCGGCAUGGCUCAGACUCAGAUGCCGACACCCCCUUCGCUCCCCGUCAACAGUCCAGUGGCGCAGCCGGGGUCGGUGGGAGGGGCGGGGGGUGGGGCGUCUGUGGGCUCCAUGGGGCCUGGCAGCGUCGGCCCCGCCUCCAGUCUGCCCCCGUCCUCCAACUCCUCGCAGCCUAACUCCCACCCGCACUGUCCUCCCCUCCGCCAGAACUCGCCCUCCCCGGCUCGCAGCCUCACCCCGACCCCCCACCACACGCCUCCCGGGUUGGCAGGCUCGCAGACCCCCCAGCCCCAGACUCCAAACCCCCCCCAGCUGGCUCCUCCGGCCCCCCAGCCGCAGUUGCCUCAGCCAAUGGGGCCAGGAAUGAGCUCGGAUAAAUCCGCCCAGCUGCAGCAGCAGCAGCAGUUGGGAGGCGGAGCCUCGGGGACGCCCCAGUCCGGGCUGGCUGUCUCUGCGCCCACCCCCAGCGCUCCCCUGCCACCCCAGCUCCCACGCACUCCGUUGUCCCAGAAGUCCUCGCUGACUGCGGACGGCCAGGCCUCCACGCCAGCCUCCGUCAGCAGCGCGGACACGAGCUCCCAGCAGGCUCCGCCCGACGCCACUGCCUCCCUCGACCCCAAGAUGGAGGUCAAACAGCAGGACGAGGAUGAGGGCGAGACCGAGGGGAAGGCCUCUGGAAAGAUGGGCGCGACGCAAGCAGAAAUGAAGAGCGAGGAGAAGCCAGAGAUAAAGAAGGAAGAAUCGGCAGGUGACGGAUGCAAGGUGGAGCCCAUGGAGACGUCGUCGGGGGCGAUGGGUGAAGACAGGAAGCCAGAGAUGAAGGUGGAGCCUAAAGGGGAAGAGGAGGGAUCAGGGUCGUCAGGCACUCACAGCUCUCCGGCCAGCGCUCAGAACAAGAGGAAAAUCUUCAAGCCCGAAGAGCUGCGGCAGGCCCUCAUGCCCACCCUGGAGGCGCUGUACCGCCAGGACCCUGAGUCCCUGCCCUUCCGGCAGCCUGUGGACCCCCAGUUACUGGGAAUACCCGACUACUUUGACAUAGUGAAGAACCCCAUGGACCUGUCCACCAUCAAGCGGAAGCUGGACACGGGGCAGUACCAGGAGCCCUGGCAGUACGUGGACGACAUCUGGCUCAUGUUUAACAACGCCUGGCUCUACAACCGCAAGACCUCCCGCGUCUACAAGUACUGCUCCAAGCUGGCCGAGGUGUUCGAGCAGGAGAUCGACCCCGUCAUGCAGGGCCUGGGCUACUGCUGCGGGAGGAAGCUGGAGUUUUCCCCCCAGACUCUGUGCUGCUAUGGGAAGCAGCUCUGCACCAUCCCACGCGACGCUGCUUAUUUCAGCUACCAGAACAGGUACCACUUCUGUGAGAAGUGUUUCAACGAAAUCCAGGGCGAGAGCGUGUCCCUGGGGGAUGACCCCUCCCAGCCUCAAACAUCCAUCAGUAAAGACCAGUUUGAGAGGAAGAAGAACGACACACUGGACCCUGAACUACUCGUGGAAUGUAUCGACUGUGGUCGUAAAAUGCACCAGAUCUGCGUCCUGCACAACGACACCAUAUGGCCGUCGGGCUUUGUCUGCAAUGGCUGCCUGAAGAAGUCCAAUAAGACAAGAAAGGAGAACAAGUAUGCGGCAAAAAGGCUGCCCCAGACGAAACUGGGAAGCUUCCUGGAGACGCGGGUGAACGAGUUCCUCAGGAGACAGAGCCACCCGGACUCUGGUGAUGUCACUAUCCGUGUGGUCCACGUCUCUGACAAGGUGGUGGAAGUCAAACCAGGCAUGAAGGCCAGGUUUGUGGACAGCGGGGAGAUGGCGGAGUCCUUCCCGUACAGGACGAAGGCGCUGUUUGCGUUCGAGGACAUCGAUGGUGCCGACGUCUGCUUCUUCGGCAUGCACGUGCAGGAGUACGGCUCGGACUGCCCGCCGCCCAACCAGAGACGGGUGUACAUCUCCUAUCUGGACAGUGUCCACUUCUUCCAGCCACGCCACCUGCGUACAGGAGUCUACCACGAGAUCCUCAUCGGGUACCUGGAGUACGUCAAGAAGCUGGGGUUUACAACGGGGCACAUUUGGGCCUGUCCCCCCAGCGAAGGGGACGACUACAUCUUCCACUGUCACCCUGUCGACCAGAAGAUCCCCAAGCCCAAGCGCCUGCAGGAGUGGUACAAGAAGAUGCUGGACAAAGCUGUGACAGAGCGCAUUGUACACGACUAUAAGGACAUCUUCAAGCAGGCGACGGAGGACAGACUGACCAGUGCCAAGGAGCUGCCCUACUUCGAGGGGGACUUCUGGCCCAACGUGCUGGAGGAGAGCAUCAAGGAGCUGGAGCAGGAGGAGGAGGAGAGGAAGAGAGAGGAGAACAGCACCUCCAGCGAGAGCAUCGACGCCACCAAAGGGGACAGUAAGAACGCCAAGAAGAAGAACAGCAAGAAGACGAGCAAGAACAAGAGCAGCCUGAGCCGAGCCAACAAGAAGAAGCCGGGCAUGCCCAACGUGUCCAACGACCUGUCCCAGAAGCUCUACGCCACCAUGGAGAAGCACAAGGAGGUGUUCUUCGUCAUACGUCUGAUCGCGGGCCCCACGGCCAACUCCCUCCCGCCCAUCGUGGACCCGGACCCCCUGAUGGCGUGCGACCUGAUGGACGGGCGGGACGCCUUCCUGACGCUGGCGCGGGACAAGCACCUGGAGUUCUCCUCGCUGCGACGCGCCAAGUGGAGCUCCAUGUGCAUGCUGGUGGAGCUGCACAACCAGAGCCAGGACCGCUUCGUCUACACCUGCAACGAGUGCAAGCACCAUGUGGAGACCCGCUUCCACUGCACCGUCUGCGAGGACUAUGACCUCUGCAUCACCUGCUACAACGUUAAGGGCCACGAGCACAAGAUGGAGAAGCUGGGCCUGGGUCUGGAUGACGAGAGCAACAGCCAGGCGACGGCUGCGACUCAGAGCCCCGGUGACUCCCGCCGCCUCAGCAUCCAGCGCUGCAUCCAGUCGCUGGUGCACGCCUGCCAGUGCCGCAACGCCAACUGCUCGCUGCCGUCCUGCCAGAAGAUGAAGCGGGUGGUGCAGCACACCAAGGGCUGCAAGCGCAAGACCAACGGCGGCUGCCCCAUCUGCAGGCAGCUCAUCGCCCUCUGCUGCUACCACGCCAAGCACUGCCAGGAGAACAAGUGCCCCGUGCCCUUCUGCCUCAACAUCAAGCACAAGCUCCGGCAGCAGCAGCUGCAGCACCGGCUGCAGCAGGCGCAGAUGCUCCGCCGCAGAAUGGCCAGCAUGCAGCGGACGGGCCAGCCCGCCGCAGGAGGAGGAGGAGGUGGCGGCGGGGGGCUACCGUCGCCCGGGAACAACGGCACCACUGCCCCCAGCACGCCCACGUCAGGAGGCACCCAGCCCCCCACCCCGCAGACCCCCACCCAGCCCAGCCUGCCCCCCAUGCCCCAGCCCGGGGUGGGGGUGGGAGGCCUCCCCGGCCAGCAGCAGCAGCAGCAGCAGCAGCUCCAGCAGCAGAUGCCCCAGCAGGGUGGAGUGCCCCAGCAUCACCUCCACCACCACCUGCAGCAGAUGCCCGGCGGGGGCAUGAUGAGCUCCCCCCAGCAGCCGCAGAUGAUGCCCCAGGUCCCAGGUCAGCAGCCCCAGCCUCCCUCCGCCCAGCAACUCCAGCACGCCAACAGCCUCCCCCCAUACACGCCCCGUCACCCGGGCUCCUCCCCGCACUCCCAGUCCCAGGGGAAGCCGGGGCUGGGCCCAGCCACACCCCCCCAGCAACAGCAGGCUGCUCCGCCUCAAAUCCCCCAGCAGCCCAACCCCGGCCAGUCCCCCAUGGCCCAACAACCCCAGCAGCAGCAGCAGCCCGCGGGCCCACCCCCUGCCGCCGUGGAGAUCGCCAUGAAGAUCCAGCGUGUGGCCGAGACCCAGCGGAAGAUGGCCCAGGUGCAGAUCCUCCAGAGGCAGGUGGCGCAGGCGGCCGGCAUGAUGCCCCCGCACCCCCACCACCAGCCCCCGCAGCCCCAGGCCCAGAUGGGCAUGAGCCACCCGGGAGGAGGGAUGGUGGGGGCGCCGGGACUGCCCCCCCAGGCGCAGGCGGCAGCCGCCGCCAGGGCCCACAUGGAGCAGCAGCAGCAGCAGCAACAGCCGCCGCAGGGCAUGAUGGUGGGGGCGGGCAUGCAGCAGCAGCAGCCCCCGCAGGCCGCGACGCAGAACCAGCUGCCCCCCCAGGUGCAGCUGCAGCAGCAGGGGGGCCCCCAGCUGCAGCCCCCCCAGCAGCCCCAGCAGCAGCAGUGGGGCAGCCCGGCGAUGCCUCCCCAGCAGAGGCCCGGCAUGAUGGGGCAGAUGGGCCACCCGGGGAUGGUGGCAGCCCAGCAGCAGGUCCCCCAGCAGCAGCAGGUGCCCCAGCAGCCGCAGCAGCAGCAGCCCCAGGUGGGGCGGAGCGGGGUGAUGGGCGCCGCGGGAGGGGUGCAGGGCGUGGCCAACCUGCCCCAGGCCGCCCUGCAGGAGCUUCUCCAUGCCCUGCGCUCCCCCAGCUCCCCGCUGCAGCAGCAGCAGGUCCUCAACAUCCUGCGCUCCAACCCGCAGCUCAUGGCCGCAUUCAUCAAGCAGCGCGCCUCCAAGUACAAAGGCGCGGGCGGCCCUGGGGGACCCGGGGGGCCCGGCGGACUCCCGGGAGCCAUGGGCGGCCAGCCGGUCAACGUGAACCCCGGAGCGGCCGCGGCGGGCAUGCACCUGGGCCAGGGUGUGGGCAUGCCCGCUAUGGCCCAGCUCCAGCAGCAGCAGCAGCAGCAGCAGCUACAACAACAGCGCCCUCUGCUGGGUGGAGGUCUGCAGCAACAGCAGGUUGCGGCUCUCCAGCAACAGCAGCAGCAACAGCAGCAGCAGCAACAACAGCAGCAGCCCGGGGGUAUGCAGGGCCAGGGCCCCAGCAUGGCCAACAUCAACCCUCAGUUCAGAGAGAUGCUGAUGCGGAGGCACCUCCAGCAGCAGCAGCAGCAGCAGCAACAGCAGCAGCAGCAGAUGAGCAACCACGCCCAGUUCCAGCAGCCCCAACCCCCCCAGCAGCAGCAGGGCUACCUAGGCCAGCCCGGCAUGCCCCCGCAGCAGCCCGGCCAGCCCCAGCCGGGAGGGCCUCAGCAGGGAGGCCAGCCGGGGCAGCAGCCCCCCCAGGGCUACCCGGGCUCCGUCUCCCAGCAGCAGGCGGCCGCCGCCGUGCUCCAGCAGCGGCUCCAGCAGCAUCAGCACCACCUCCAGAUGCAGCAGCAGCAGCAGCAGCAGCAGCAGAACGCCAUGGUGGGACUGGCGGGGGCUGACGGAGGGCCGGGCGGAGCGGGCGGAGGCCCCCCCCAGCAGCAGCAGCAGCCCCAGCCCCCCCCGCAGCCCGGCCCCCAGCCCACCUCCUCCCAGGCCAUGCUGCAGCAGGCCAUCCACCAGAGGCUCCUGCAGCAGCAGCAGCAGCACCUGGGCGGCGGCUCACCAGCCCAGCACAGCAGCCCCAUGAGCCCCCAGCAGCAGCAGAUGUCCCAGCCGCUGCCCUCCUCGCUCAGCAGCCAGGUGCGCUCGCCCCAGCCCUCCCCGCGGCCCCAGUCCCAGCCGCCCCACUCCAGCCCCUCCCCCCGCAUGCAGCCCCAGCCCUCCCCCCACCACAUCUCCCCCCAAACUCAGACGGGGUCCCCGCACCCGGGACACCUCCCCCAGCACCACCCUGGCAUGGUGGUCCCCCCGCCCCAGCCGCCGCCCCAGCAGCAGCAGCAGAACCAGAACCCCAGCUCCAUGGACCCGGGCCCCUUCGGCGCCGACCAGAACGCCAUGCUGUCGCAGCUGGGCGGGAUGGGGGGCCUGCACGGGCCCGGCCCGGCAGACAUGUUGGCGGGCGGCAGCCAGGACCUCGGGGCAAACAUUAAUCACAGUACCUUAGACAUCAUGUAGCAUUACAGUACAUUCAGAAAAACCGGGUGCCGGGGACAGUGUUAGGAUUUUUUUAUUAUUAUUAAUAUUAUUUAAUAUUUUUUCGAUAUAAAUAAAAUGAACUGAACUUCCUAUGGGAGAUGCUACAAUAAAUCAACAAGUCAGUGAAUGAAAUAAAAUAAAUGAAUGGUAAGUUAUUGCUGUUAAUAUAUUUUUUUUUGCUAAUUGUGUACAAAAGGGGAUAGUUUGUCUCUCUCCCUCAGAGAAAAGACACAGGUAAUAUUUUUGGGGUUGGGUGGGGAAGUAUUUGCCUUU